AGGAAGCAAACUCGGGGAGGAGGAGGUAACAGAGAGCAACAAAGAAAAGGAACUCCAGAUAGAGAAAAAGCUUAUUUACUUCAACCUAAGUUGAGAUAAAGGCAUGCGGAGUGCAUCACAGGUUGGGCACAGAACUAUCUCCGUUUCUUCCAGUAGCAUAAUGGCCUCAGUCGUUUUUAAAAAGGACACAGGUAUUGUAUUCCUCCUCCUAUCAGGAUUUCUGCUGCCUUCAGUAUUUGUGUCUGGACAAGACAUGAGCACAACUUCUUCCACUACUGCCCCAGCAAUAAUGAUGACAAACUCCGCCAUGAAUACCACCACCUCUGCAGCAAACUUCACCAUGACCAUGGCAACAAUGACCUCAAAUACUACCCAGGCUGCUGAUAUGACUAGUAGCAGUUCAGCAGCUACCACUACUCAGAUCACCAUGUCCACCACUUAUAGAGGUACUGUAAUGUCUCCUACAACCAAUUCAGAUUCAGUGUCCCAAAACACCCACUCUACAUUAACCACCUCUGGAGGCCCAAGCACCUACUCUGCCUCAAGCACCUCCGGAGGUUCCUCAUCAUCCAGCACCCACUCUCCUUCUACCACCUCUGGAGGUUCAGCAUCAUACAGUACCCACUCUGCCUCAAGCACCUCUGGAGGUUCCUCAUCAUCCAGCACCCACUCUCCUUCUACCACCUCUGGAGGUUCAGCAUCACACAGUACCCACUCUGCCUCAAGCACCUCUGGAGGUUCCUCAUCAUCCAGCACCCAUUCAAUUUCACCCACCUCAGAAGGUAAUAUGACUGAGGAAAAUAAAAACACCACAUCAAAUUUUACAAUGAAAAUGAUAAAUUGCCCUUCCUUCUCCUGCUAUUACUCUGAUUGUUACUCAAAGUACAACAGUCAGAAUGAAUCUUAUUGUUCUACUGGAGAAUCAUGUCAGCUGCUGAAAUCAAUGGACAUGUGGUACAAUGUGAGCUGCAGUGCCUCUUGUGUGGAAGAUUGCAACAACACCUCUCAGCCCAACUGUUCUGUGAACUGCUGUAAUUCCACUGGAUGCAUUAAAGACAUUUUUGUACCCAUGAUGAUGACAACCACAGUAGCUGCAACCACAACAACAAUCGCUCCAACAACAACAACAACAACCUCAACAACAGCAAACAAAGGAAACAAAUGUCACAAGGGCACCUGCACUGGUGAAGACUGUUAUAAAAAAUUCAAGGAUCUUGAAACCUGUUCUUCCACAAACCCACACUGUCAGUUGAAAAAAGAGACCUCUGACUCCGGCAUUGUUUGGAAAGCAGGGUGCUCCAAUUGCACUGGAUAUGCUCCCUGUACUGGAACCACAAAACCUCCAUGUAACCUGGAGUGCUGCACUGCCACCACAACCUCCUGCCUGAUUUUGAACGGCACAAUGAAUGUCCCGUCUUUUGCCUCAAGAGGUCCCUAUCUUCAUAUUGAGUUGAUUACUUCCUUGGUUUGCCUGCUUGCAAUCACUCUGCUUCUGUAAGUGAAUGAGCAUGCAUUUGCUGUCCUCGCAUUUCUAUAUGCAUAUCUCGUUGGAGUUCAUCUGUAAUUGUAUGAAUCUGAAACUAUGAAAAAGCCUCAGCUUCAAUGUUGACUUUGUGUCCUGUGUAUUGCACUUCCAGUUCACAUUCCUUUUUGUGUAAGCAUGGCUUUGAACUUAAUUGAGAGCAUCCACCAUGGGGAACAUGCUAUCAACCUAAUCCUUAUCCUCACAUUUCAAUCUCAUAUAUAUGAAUAUAAGUUAUAUAACAAAGACAUACUUGAGUAAAUUAUGAGUAAUGACUUUUAGUUGUUAUAAUCCAUAGCCUGUCAUUUACAUAUUGUCCAUUAAUUGGAAUUGAUAUAUUUGCACUGCCACACUUCAACUGUUUAAAGGGGAAAUACAUUUUGGUCAAUGAGUGACCCUAAAGUAGGUACACCACAGAUGAUUUAUGAUAUGAAAAGUUAUUUUUGGAAUAAUACAGCUUUAACUUUAUUUGCACUUUAUGAAACUCAAACGUUGGGCUGUUAUAGUAAGUUGUUAAGACAAUUCUUAACAACUUCUUUCUUGAAGUGCUGCAACAAUAUGUAGCAAGUUUUGUCUUAUAGUUUUCUGAUUUUUGACUUAAAUAUAUGUAAUAUGGGGAUUACCAAUUAAAUCUAUUUUAUUUUCAAAUGGUGACAUGUAAAUGCUAAAUGAAAUCAGAAAUGUGUCAAUUUCUUUGAGCUGUGUGUACAGAAUAACAUUGAUUGUGCUUAAAAUGAAAUAAAUGCAAUCUAUAUAUCUCAAAA